AUGAAGAAAGUAUUCCAACAUGGUCUCUCGUCAUCCCAGCGAUCGCUCGCAAAGAAUAUUUUUUUUGGGAAACAAUCCUUCUUUCAAUCAUCAUUAAGCCACAAUCACAGAGGAUUCAGCAUUUCAAAUGCACUCAAUGAUAAGAAAAGAAUAUUAUUCUUUGGAUCGGACGAUUUUUCAUUAAAUACUCUCAAAUUGGUCCAUUCGGAAUUUGUGAAAAAUGAUUUAGCAAAUAUUUAUGUGGUAUGCCCGCCUGAUCGUAAAGCAAUCCGAAGAAAUUCUAUCACAAAUAUUGAAUGUGUGGUAAAAACGUUUUGUAAAGAGAAUAACGUUCCGUUUGUUCAUCCAAUAGAGAAAUAUCAAACUCCAGAAGAGCGAAAGAAAAUUCAAAGAUUGGAUUUACAAGACAUUCCCAAAGAUCCUUUAUUGUUUGGAGAGAAUAACCAUGAUUUUACUCCAAAAUUCGAUCUAGGAAUUGUGGUCAGCUUCUCUUAUUUUCUUCAAUCAGGACUACUAAAUCAAUUCAAAUCACCAGAUGGAAGAAACUCUAAUAUAUUCAACAUUCAUCCCAGCUUAUUGCCCAGAUAUCGGGGACCAGCUCCAAUACAUCAUGCUCUUUUGAAUGGAGAUACUGAGACAGGUAUUACAAUUAUUGAAUUGGAUGACAAGGAAUUUGACGUAGGCCAUAUUGUAAAACAAAAACGAUUUCCAAUUGAACCAACAGAAACCUUUACUCAAUUACAUGAUAGACUUUCAAAAAGUGGAGCUGAAAUGAUAGUUGAAAUGAUUGAAGAGUGCAAUUUUAAUUUCUCCAUGUUGAAACGAAUGAACCAAGCUGAUAUGACAGAUACCAUUAAGCCAACAAGGGCACGAAAAGUUAAUUUUGACAUGGGGGAACUUGAUUUCAUGAAAGAAGAUGUUCUAGCAAUAUAUAACAAGUGGAGAGCUCUCGAAAAGAUACACGUACCAUUCCAUGAUCGUUGUCAUGAGUCGAAAUUAAUUCUUAAAAACAUAAGCUACCCAAUUAUGGAUGAGGCUGUGCCCAGUCACGACAUUGGAACCUUAUUUAUUGACAAUACAAACUCUCUGUGGUUGCAAUGCAAGGGAGGAAAGCUUAAAAUCAACAUCUUACAAAUAGAGAAAAAGACGGAAAUGAACAGCAAAGACUUUGUUAAUGGCAAUAAGAGCAAGCUUCCCAUGAAGCUCUGA